CCAUUCACGAUCUCAUAGCCGAUCAAAAUCACGAUGAGCUGAUAAUUGAUUUCGCAACAGCUCAUAGUCGCACGCGCUUUGUGAUGUUCUGAUUGGAUCUGAUUGAUAUUAUAACGAGGCUGUGGAUACGGCAGACGACAGAUCUUUAUUGACACCCGGGACUUCUGAUCUGGGAGCUGGGCCGAUAACAGAAUGUCUGGUAAACGCUUCAACCACGUGCUACCGGGGGAACAUGUCUACGAGGGCGUCCUCUUCUUCUGUUACACUCCGCCGGAUAUCCUGGACGCCGUGAAGGAGUUUGAGCCACGGGAUGAUGACGUAUUCAUCGUGACCUAUCCAAAGGCCGGAACAACAUGGCUACAAGAAGUCGCCUGGCUCAUCAUGAAUGAGGGAGAUUUUGGAGGCGCCCAGAAGAAGCAAGUCUACUUCCGGUCGCCAUUUUUAGAGUUUAAGGACGAAGUCCUGAACGAGGUCGGCCUCGAUUUGGCAGCGCAGGUACCGCCUCCUAGAGUCAUAAAGACGCACCUGCCAGUGAAGCUCGCUCCUGAGAAGCUUUGGACCAAAAGUCCUAAGAUCUUGAUUCUGUUCCGUAACCCCAAGGAUCUCCUGGUGUCCUACUACCAUUUCUACCGCAGCAGCUCCAGCUUUGGCGAUUUCCAGGGAAGCUGGCCAGAGUUUUACGAUAUGUUUAUUGACGGCCACGUUGACCACGGGUCGUGGUUCGAUUUCACCAAGAGCUGGUGGGAUAAGAGAGACCAUCCAAACGUCCAUAUUGUUUUCUAUGAGGACAUGAAAGAGAACCUUACUGCCGCCAUAAGCGGCAUGUGCAAGUUCCUAGAAAAGCCUCUGAGCGAGGACACCAUUCGGCAGAUAGCGGAGCAUACAACAUUUGACAACAUGCGCAAGAACCCCAUGACAAAUCACGAAGAUGUGUAUUCAAUCAACAGCAAGGUCUCGCCACUUUUACGGAAGGGUCAAGUCGGUGACUGGAAAAAUCAUUUCACGGUCUUCCAGAAUGAGAUCUUCGAUAAAGUGUAUGACGUGAGGAUGAAUGGUUACGAUAUACCCUUCAGAUAUGAACUAUAAAUCAUGAUUGCGGGGAUGUUGUGGCGUUAAUCUAGUCGGCGUUUCACUCGUGCUGCUCCUUUUAACAACGCCGCUCUGGUUGAAUCGGUCCCCAAUGCAUGAAUUCCAUGCAAAGAACAUCGUGUAUCCCGACUAUUCGUAUCAUAAUACCAAAUUGGUAUAACAUAGGUAGCCAACAAACAGCUACUGUUCACUGAAAUUUUCAGAACAAAAAUUAUUCGUGAAUGUCAAGGUAUACUCAUUGUACUCUAAAUAUACAUCAGAUUUACAGAGCCAUUGAAGGUUGAUACGCCCGUUUACACGGGACCAAACCAAUCUCGAUCGAUCCGGAUCAGCGCGGAUUAGUCUGCCGUGUAAACACGCGCGAAUGUGACAUCUGGUCUCGUUCAAUGUACAAUAUUUCCGUCAUAACGAGACCUCAUGUACAUAUAUGUACGACAUUCCAGAGGUUGGUCAUAGCGAUGUGAUUUGUUCUGUUCUGGUUCGUUUUUUUGCCGUGUAAACGGCCCUGAUGUCCAGAAACUAAAUCGGUUCUGGCUCACUUUCAUAUGCACUUAUAUGCAUGUAGUACUGAGACCUCUUACACUGUCUAGAAUAAAAAAGUACAUCGAUCGUAUGCAUAAUUAUAAAUUAACAAUAUUGUAUUAUUACUAGACUUUACAUGUACACUACUUGUAUUCUAGUUGUCUAAUUCAUACUAAAGGGUGCUUUGAACACAUACUCAUAAAACGUUCAA